AUGUUUGUUCCUAUCUCAUCAUUUCAAAGCUUUAAACCAAUUCCCCAGUAUGUAAUUGGCUGUUUACCAGCUUUAGCCAUAGUAGGUGCAUCACCAAUAAAUAAGUUUAGUUAUAAACUAGUAUGGAUAUUUCGAUGUCUCGGUUGCCCAUUUAUGGGAGUUUUUUCAUCCAUUAACGUAGGAGGUGAUAAAAUAUCACGCUGUUUAUUCUGGCUUUCAUCUGAUUAUUUUGAAAUAAGAGGAUCAUCAACUCCACCAAAAUAUAGACCUAUCGGAUUUCAUGCUAUGGAAGUGAGCAUGUAUCAAACUAUGGAUACAAUAAAUAAAAGCAUAGACUUAUGCAUAGCAAAAGCAUCAGUUUUAGAAAGAUUUUCAUCAUUAGUAUCAGUAUAUUAUAUAAUAGUCGGUAUAAUAGCGGGAAUUUCCAGGGCUUUAGGAGCAGUUUCUUGUCAAGAUUGGCCAUACAUACCGAUAUUAUUGUCCUGGACAAUUCCAGCACUUUUUAGAAGGGCAUUUUCAGGAAAUUUAGUAGUUAAAGAUCCUAAAAAGAUAUUUCGUAGAAUAAAAAUAGUUUUGGAACCGAAUAAUAGUUCGGAAAAUGGUGAUCAACAUUUUAUCAUAAUGUUAACCGCUUUUGCAUCGAUUAUUUUACCUUGGACUGCUUUGCUUCUGGCAUACUUUACACCUCCA